AUGGACAAUUACUACAACAGUGUUAAUCUUUCGAAUUUACUUUUAAAUCACAAAACACACACCACUGGUUCAUUGCGAAGUAACCGAAGGGGUAAUCCAAAAUAUGUUGUUCAAAAAAAAUUGAAAAGAGGUGAUCAUAUUUGGAAACGUCAAAAUAAGGUGUAUGUUUCUAAAUGGAAAGAUAAGAGGGAUGUCUUAUGCAUAACAACCAAUUAUCAACCAAAAAUGAUAGUCUCCAAAAAUAAAUAUGGCCAAGAAAAACCAAAACCUAUCGAAAUUGCCAAGUAUAAUGAGUUUAUGAGUGGAGUAGAUCGCGCCGAUCAAAAAAUGAUCUCUUAUUAUUCUUGUCCUCGGAAAUCUGCAAAGUGGUUCAAAGUAUAUAGAGACUUACUUAUUAAAGAUUUAAUUAAAAUUCCAAAAAAUACUACAGCAACUGAAUUUUUUCAAUUAAAAAAAAAAUCAAGAAAAUCAAGCCGAGGUGAAGAUUUGAGAGAAGGUCAUUUCGAAGAACCCAUACCAAAACAAACUUCCAUUCAAUGUCAAAAAUGUAAAGUACCUCUGUGUCCACUAUGUUUUAAAGAUUACCAUGCUGCUCAACCAGAAGGAUGA